UUAGCAAAAUCAGAGGACCUAACUUAGAUAUUUUAGCCCUUGAUCGACUAUUUAAGCAAAUAGUGUGUAACUUUUUUACAAUUAGGGUUCUUCUUGAACCGCCUCGGUGUUUCCAAACAUGGCAGACUCGCGGUUCAACCAAUACAACUACACCGGUGCACAUCUAGUCUUCUUCCCUCCCGCUCGCGAAAUCCCCAUACCAAACGCUGAACCACGACGCCGUAGGUAUCAAAUUCACAUGAUCGAAGAAGAAGAAGAAGAAGAAGAAAAGUUCGUCUUCCCGGUCGUCGACGACGGCCUCUACCAACCUAAAACUAACAAAACCCGCGCGGCCUACAACAAUCUGCUCACUCUUAUCCAGCAGCCACGCCCUGGUCAGCCUCUUGCCGGUCAGCCGCUCAGUACUGUCAGAUUCGUGGCUGAUAAGAUACUUGAAAUUCUCAAAAAUGAUGCUGUUAAUUACUAUGACAAGAAGAUUAACAUUGAGAUGCUUCUUAACCCUAUCCCUAACCAUGUCUUCGAACAGAUUGUCGAAAUUGGUAAACUUAUAACCGAUUUCUAUGGGUUUGCUGCUGGUGCUCAUGUCGAUGGUGGCGUUGUCGAUAGUUUACAGAAGAUGUCUAUUUGCAGCAAUAAUGAUAGUGUUGUCGACGGUGUUCAUAAUUUGACUUUGUGGUGAAAAAAGGUACAAGGAUUAACAAAUUAAAUUGGUCUUUCUUAGUUAACGGAUAUAUAUUAAUGUUUGUUAGAUUGAGAAGAAAAAAUAGAUAACACUGUUUUGUUAUAGUAUAUCUGAUAGUGUACAAGGAAAUGUAUUCUAGACCCUAUAUCGUCUAGAAAUUCAUAUCAUUGAAAAUCUUUGGAUAUAGUUUUGAUUUUAAACAUUCAUUUUAUCUUCAUUGUUGCAACUCAUGCAUUAAUCAUAAACUGGAAUAUAGGUUUGAUGA